AACAAAACAAUUUCUCUCCCGCCAGGGAAACGUUUUGCUCUCUCGCUGUCACCCUGCCAGGUUUGUUGUGUCCUAGCGAAGGCCGUGGAUAAACUGGGGGGGGAAAAAAACAGUUUUUGGAAACUCAGCAAAACGGGCCAACAGAAACGAGGUGUUCGACAGUGUUUUUUUUAACCUUUUUUGUCCGAACCAUCAGCGCGUGGUGAGCUGUUGUUGCACCGAUCUGAAGGCUGAACAAAGCGUCCUGCCUGCGUUUUUUAAUCAACUAGUUAUCGCUUAUCACUCGUUCUGACACGAUUCAUAAACUCAAAAGAGCUUCGGUGUUGUCAGACAUGGUGAAGCUAACCAAGGCUAAGACUUUCCAGGCCUACCUGGAUUCCUGCCACCGCCGUUACAGCUGCGUGCACUGCCGCGCCCAUCUGGCAAACCACGACGAUCUCAUCUCCAAGUCUUUCCAAGGCAGUCAAGGACGAGCCUACCUCUUCAACUCUGUGGUGAAUGUUGGCUGUGGUCCUGCAGAGGAGAGAUUGCUGCUCACAGGACUUCACGCUGUGGCCGACAUCUACUGUGAAAACUGUCACACUACGCUGGGCUGGAAAUAUGAACAAGCCUUUGAACUCAGUCAGAAGUACAAGGAGGGGAAGUACAUCAUUGAGCUCUCCCACAUGAUAAAGGACAACGGUUGGGACUGAAAAAGGACAAAACCUUCACGCUUUCGUCCAUGACUUUUUAAAGAAAAAGGUUGCAUGCCCCGAGACAUUAAAGGGGUUUAAGUGUAGCUUCCUCAUCCAGCCUUCAAGCCAUUGCUGUGCCACCCUUUUCACUUCAUACGACUUCGCUAAGAAUAGCAUGUGAUGCCUUACCUUUGUCUAUUCGUGCUUUUACAGCAACGCGUUUGCUGAUGUUAUUCAAGUUAUUAGUUGUUCUGGGACUGAAUAAGUGUGGUGUGUGUGUGGGUGUGUUGUAGUUCCACAAGCAGGCACCGCUGCAGGAUGGAUUUUAAAACAUUAAAUGUGUUUAUAAUCAAUGAUCUCUAAACGCUCUGAGUGGCAAGCGGAUGAAAGUUAGCUUGAUUUUUCACAUCCAGUUUGAGUUUAAGAUUCAGUAUCGAGGUUUGUUUAAAGGGUAGAUCGUUUUUGAGUGUAUGGGAAUACAUAGAGCAGCAGGCGAGCUCUUUUUUUUUUUUUUUUUAGAUAAAUGACAUAUUUUUUAUUGUAAAAUCUAAUUUGAGGAUUGAAUUUGUGAUUUUUAAGGCCAACAAAUAUCUCCUGCAAGAGUGAUUGAAUCUGUAGUAUGGAGUCUUCUGUUUAGAGGAUGUUUUUGUUGUUUUUUUAUUUUUUAUUUUUAUUUUUAAUAUGUAUAUGCUAAAGUAUCCUGAGCUGGACAUUAUCGUGAAGCAUUAGUCUGAAGCUGAUUCACUUCUAGGUCUUUUUCACUGCACACCUGGGAUGGCUUCUCUUCCAUUUAAAGCUAAUGUGAUUUAUCUUUUAUACAUCUGCAUACUACCUAACACCGAGCUGCCCGUACAGACACGUUAGCUUGACUGUGUCAGUGCCAAGUGUGGUUAGGACAAUGUAGCAUAUUUAUGGUGAUUUUUAAUGUCUGCUUUCAUUUAUGUUUUUAAUUUUAACCUGGUCUUUCAUUAAACUACUGUUUGCCAGUAA